CAGUUUCAUUGCACAAUUUAGCGCGAACUGAAGAAUUGCUAACAGGUUCAACAUGAAACUGCUGGUAUGUGUUGUUGCAGUAUUGAUACCGACAGCUUUGGCGGGCGAGCCUGAAUUUGCCCUGCCUAUUCCUGCCUACGCUGCCUCUCCAAUAUACCACGCCGAACCUCCUGCAGUAUACCAUUCAGCCCCGUCCAUAGGCUCCGUCGCUUUUAAAGCUCCUCCAAUCCUGAGAACAUACGAACCAGCUCCUAUUCUUAAAACUUUAGAACCAUCCCCUAUUCUAGGAAGUUUCGAAGCAAGCCCUAUACUGAAAACCUAUGCUCCUGCCCCUAUCAUUAAGUCAUAUGAACCGACCACAAUUUUGAAAUCUUACGAACCAGCCCCUCUACUUAAAUAUGCUCCUGCCCCCGUGGCUAUCAAAGCCGCCGUGAAAGCUCCUGUCGCAACAUCGUAUGCUACAACCACGUCGGUACACGUGACUCAUCCUGUUGCAAAGUUAGCAGCACCUGUCGUCGCGCCUGCGCCCAUUGUGAAGUACGCAGCUGCACCUGUAGUAAAGUAUGAGGCCGCCCCUCUUCUGAAGUACGCAGCCUCUGUUCCCGCUCUGAGCAUCCACUCAGAACCUAUCGUCAAGUACGCUGCACCUGCUAUCAGCUUCAAGACGGCAGCAGCACCUCUGGUCUCCUUCUCUCAUGAGGCCCCUUCGCUUGAAUACGCGCCGUCAUUCAGCCACGGACUGGAUGAAUACCACUGACCGGCUUCGAGGCACAGGAGAAACUGUUUCCACCUCAGAGAUCACCCUCAAGACCUGCGACCUUGAGACCACGACAAAGAUAUCCAUACGCGCUAAGUUACUGAGUAAAUUAUUAACACAUCAUGCAUUUCUUUAAUGUACAUUAAGAAUAAAGAAUUGUUGAGAA